AUGUCCACUUCACAUCGUAAGCAAAAACGGCAUUCGAGAGGUUCGAAUGAGAGAACCUCCACAUUCUCACCCACACCUUGGAGUGAAUGGGCAACCGAAGUAAAGACUGGCCGGCCAGUUCGAUACCGCCUGGAUACACAAGGUAAAUAUGAGUAUGAUUACGACAAAGAACGCUAUGACACGGGAUCUGGUGAUUCUGAGAUAAGGAGGACGUCGCAAGUCGAUAUGUUUGAACCAACUCAAGAUUCAACCCAAUAUUCUGCAUCCCAAAGUUAUACAAGCGAUCGAACAGUCAAUGAUCUAUCCAAAAGAUUUGCCCAGACUACUCUCGAAGAGACUAGUACUCCGACUACCUUUAAUACUACAACAAGUACUGCACCUAUAACUCGAGUGCAAACCGAAACGAAUCUGGUACGAACUGCAGAUCCCAACACAUUUGCUGAAGAGUUUGAUCCCAUCCUUUGGUCCGAACCGAUGGGUAGUGGUGGCGAGCCGACAGUGACCGCAACACAAUCUGUUCGAAUAGGAAUGUACGGCCAAGCUCACUACGAAAAGGUUCGACGGUUUUUGAUUAUCAAGGAGAAUGAAGGCCACUGUCUUUGCCUUCCCAUCAUGACAUAUGGUCUUCAAGGAACGAACAAAAAGGGGGUUCAUGCUAAGCAUCACGCGAUAAUAUAUACCGAUCAACCUACGAUGAUUCAAGGGGAGAAGGAGAAGGGACUGAGAAAGCAACCAAUCAAAGUCAUUCCAGAUGCAUCGCGAGAAAGACUCCAGGCAGCCUCUCGACUCAAUUACGCAAAGGUUUACACAGUUGAACAUAAUGUGAAGGUAUGGUUUAUCGGAAAGCUGACAAAAGAGUCAGAGUCACACGUAGUUACCGACUACAAUAUUGUUUGUCCUCCAAUUGGGGUUGGCAGGCGUGCCCCGAAUAGAGAAGCAGCUCCCAAUAACACAUUGUCCUUUGCUCCGGGCUAUGGCUCCAAUCCUGGGUCAAUUAAUAGCAGCCAACCUUACACAGUCCCACCUGCUGCUGGUAUAUCUUACCCAGGCACGAGCUUUGCGCCAAACCAAUAUCAAAACAGAGCACCAACAUAUCAACCGUCAUAUGGACAACAAUAUGCGCAGCCUCAAUCGACGACGAGAGCGCCACCAUGGAGCCAGCCAAGAAGCGCCUACCCUCCCCAGCCAAGUUCUUCGUCCUCGCGAUAUGGAGCAUAUGGUAAUAGUCCAAACACUUACAGCUCAUAUGCACCAUGGGGAAACGACUCCAAUGGGUAUCCUCUGCCGAACCCCUAUCCAGGUCCCAAUUAA